AAUGCACUAAAAUAAUUAGCUUGUGAAACAAUAAAAUUUAUAUAACAUUGGCAGUGCAUUUGUAGUUAUUCGAUUAUUUGAUUUUUUUAAAGUUUCUUUUUAAAUUAUUGACUUAAUGAGAAGAAGGCUGAAUUAGUAUAAUACAUAUAAUAUAAAAUUACUAUAGAAUCUAACAAAGAAUAAUUCAUUUUAAUAACAGAAAAGGAGAAACAUAAGUAUUAUUUAAUUUAUUUUAAACAGGAUAAUACGAAUAUAUUAAUUUGUGUACAUAUUUUAUCCAAAAUAAAUUUAAUAUUCAUUAAUACAUUUGAAUAUUUAUGUAAUUAAACAUGACAGCUAUACUAGGUGGUGGUAUAUCAGGUUUAUCAGCUGCAUAUUAUGCUCUUGAAAAUCCAAAACUGGCUCCAUCAGUUAUAUUAGAAGUUUCAAAUCGUGUAGGUGGUUGGAUACGUUCUGUAAAACAACCUGAUGGAACAAUCUUUGAAACAGGUCCACGAGUUAUUAGAGCUAACGCACAUGAUUUAUUGAAAUUAAUAGAAGAAUUGAAUUUAUCGUCUAAAGUCAUUCCAAUUAAAGCUGAACAUCCUGCUGCUAAAAAUCGAUAUAUUUAUGCAGACAAUGUAUUGCAUUGUUUACCUAAUUCCCUAAAAGGAAUUAUAACGAAAAAUACACUGUUAAAUCAUUCUUUAGCUAGGCUUCUGUGGAAUGAUUUUAAAGCAGCAAAAGUUCUUAAAGAUGACGAAAGCAUAUAUGAUUUUGUAGAAAGGAGAUUUGGCAAAGAUGUAUCUGAAAAGAUGGUUGCACCAAUAUUAUGUGGAAUUUGUGGUGGUGACAUACAUCAAUUAAGUGCAAAAUCUUUUAUAACAAAUAUAUUUGAAACUGAACAAAAAUAUGGUUCUGUAUUUAUGGGUCUUGUGCAGAAAAAAUUUUCAGAUAUAUUAAAUAUAAAAGAAAACAAAGAAGUUACAUUGGAAAAUACAAAUGAGACUCAAAAAAUAGUAAAAUCAAACAACAUAUCUUCGCUUUUAGUACAGAAAGCUAAAAGAGAAUUAUGGAGUACAUGGGGACUAGAAGGAGGUUUUGAACAAUUGCCUCAAACACUGGCUAAAAAUAUUACUAAACGUGGAGUGAAUAUAAAAAUGAAACAUAACUGUGAACAAAUAAUAUUUAAUAAAGAUUGUGUAGAAUUAAUUGUAAAUGGAAAAGUUGAAAAAUAUUCUCAUAUCAUAUCAAGUUUACCUGCUAAGAGUUUAGCUAAUUUAAUUCAAAAGCAACACCCAGUACUGUCUAAAGAAUUAUACAGUAUACCUACAGUAACGAUAGCUGUAGUUAAUCUCCAGUUUUCUGAAAAUGUUUUACCAAUAAAUGCCUUUGGGGUUCUCAUUCCACCAAAAGAAGAAAUUCCAAUUUUGGGUAUAAUAUUUGAUUCAUGUGCCCUUCCUCAAAAUUCCAAAAUGACAGUACUAACAGUAAUGAUGGGUGGAGCAUGGUUUGAAAAAUACUUUGGUAGAUGCUCAUCUGAAGAACAUUUAAAAACAGUAGCAGUUAAAUAUGCAAACAAACUUUUAUGCAUUAAUGAAGAUCCCAAGGCAUGUAAUGUUUCCAUUCUGAAAGAUUGUAUUCCACAAUAUAUAAUAGGUCACGCACAACGCUUAACUCGCAUCCACAAUUACAUCUCCGCGCAUAAACUACCUUUAGCGUUGUGUGGCUCUUCAUAUCACGGUGUAGGAGUCUCUCAUGUUAUUCUGUCAGCAAAAGAAGCUGUUUCUAGUAUCAAUCAGGUUAUGAUAUAACUUUAUGAAAUUUAAUCAAUCAAUUUUCUUUGAUUUAAAAAUGAAACACUUAUAUAUAUACAUGCAAGAAAUUAAGCCAAAAUAAUUUUUCAAAAAAUAAACUGUAAUUUAACUUGAACUAAAAACAUGCAUCGUUCAUGCUGCUUAAUGAAAAUAAACAGAGCAAUUUACACAAUAAAAUAGAAAUAAUACAAAAAUUAAGAGAGAUAUUAUAAUAUAAAAAUUGAAGAAUGAAUGAAAGUAUAAAAAGUAAAUAGAACAUAAAAUAAUUAUUCCAAACCAGCAUUUUAUUACACUAGAGCU